AUGAAUAUCUUCCGCCUAUUACUGCUGGCUGGGUUAGCUGUGGCUAAGCAGCCCAACAUUCUCUUCGUCUUGACUGACGACCAGGGCAAGUAUGUCGGAGGAUUGGAACAUAUGCCCAAGCUUCAAAAAGGAUCAACCUAUCCUAAGCAUUAUUGCUCCGUCGCCCUCUGCUGCCCCUCGCGCGCAAAUCUCUGGACAGGCCGUAUGCCACACAAUACCAACGUAACGGACGUCGGCCUACCAUACGGUGGAUAUCCAAAGGUUGUAUCAGCCGGCUGGAACGAUAACUAUCUACCCCUCUGGAUGCAAGAUGCAGGGUACAACACGUAUUACGUGGGAAAAUUAUGGAAUGCCCACACAGAGGAUAACUACAACAAGCCCUACGCACGCGGUUUCAAUGGCUCCGACUUCCUUCUCGAUCCAUACACAUACCGGUACUACUAUGCGCGUAUGACUCGCAAUGGCAACCCACCUGUCCAUUACGACGGUAAAUACUCAACUGAUGUGAUUGCCGAGAAAGCAGCGGGAUUUCUGGACGAAGCGAUCGCGCAAGAUCGGCCAUGGAUGCUGACUGUUGCGCCGAAUGCGCCGCACGCUAAUGGCUCGCAUGAUUCCAAGCGUAAUGCGAAUUGGUUCGGCGAGCCGGAUCCCCCCCGUGAUGAGAGCUUUAAUGCGCUUAUUGAAGGGGCUGUGAGCUGGACGCAGAACGUGCCCGAGUUGAGUCAAAAGGAGAUCGAUUAUAUUGAUGUGUUUCAGCGUUGCCGUUUGCGUGCUCUGCAGGCUGUUGAUGAGAUUAUUGGUAAUUUGGUCGAGAAGCUUGAGAAGGCGGGUGAAUUGGAUAAUACUUAUAUCUUUUUCUCGACGGAUAAUGGAUAUCAUCUGGGCCAGCACCGUAUGCAGCCUGGGAAGAAUUGUGGUUACGGUAAGUGUGGAUUAUUGCAAGGAUGGCCCCAAGGGUUGCACGAUGCUGACUGCUUUGAUGGAUCAGAAACUGAUAUCCAUAUUCCUCUCCUUGUUCGGGGACCUGGUAUUCCGGAGAAUCAGACUCUCGAUGUGGUGACUAGUCACACUGAUCUCGCGCCCACUUUCUUGUCAAUCGCCAAUUCGUCCAGGGAAGGUCUCGAUGGCAAGGCCAUCCCAACCACUGUGGCCGCUAGCAAAUCAGACAACAAGAAGGAGCAUGUCGCCAUUGAGUACUGGGGAUUGGCUGUGCCAGAAGGUAUCUACGGAUAUGCAAGCGAUAAGCUGCAACAACCACACAACAGCUUCCAGAACAACACAUACAAGGGUAUCCGACUCGUUGCCGAUGACUACAGUCUUUACUAUGCAGUUUGGUGCACCAACGAGAAGGAAUACUACAACCUCAAGGAUGACCCCCACCAGACAGUUAACCUUGCAGCCCAUCCCAACAAGCAUGCAAACUACAAGAUUGCCAAUCGGGAACUUUCUCAGAUCCUCAACCGUCUUGAUGCCUUAAUGAUGGUUCUUAAAUCCUGCGGAGGUGAUUCCUGUCGGGACCCAUGGGGCCAGCUACAUCCUGCCGGCCAGGUAACCACACUUUCCGAGGCACUGGCUUCAGGUUUCGAUGACUUCUAUGAGAAUCAACCCAAGGUCUCUUUCUCGUCUUGUGAGCAUGGGUACAUUGUUGCUUCGGAGGGCCCGCAGGAGUUUAAUUCGUACCAUGGUGGACAAAAUGAGAGGAGAGGUUGGGGGUGGGAUAUUUUCUUCUCUUGGUGA